UCAUGCAGUCUGUACAGUAGCAUCAGCCUGGAUACACAGCCUAACUCACAAUCUCAGCUGGACAUGUAGCACUUUAUUAUCAGCUAACUCUGGCAGAAUAACAUCACUAAAGGCAAAUAUGGGGGAGAGCGUUGAUGUCAAGGCUCUGAGGGCCAGGUUCAACAGCAAGGCCAGCACUUCAGACACCAGCAGCCGAGACAGCGGCUCCCCAAAAUCUCCACGACCUGGAUUUGGGAGAGGAAUCUUACCAGCACUAGAGAACAACCUGGCCCAGCACAGAUUGUCCCCCACGGUCCCUCCUCCAAUGGCUGGCCCUGGCCUGAUGAGGUUCCCACGGGCAGAGCCGAUGAUGGCAGCUCCCAUCCCCUCCAGACCUGUUUCUUUCCCUCGACCGCCUCCCAAUCUAGGCAUCAGAGCAUCCAGCCAGCCGGCAGACCCUAUCAAAGUCAAGCAGACGGGAGAGAUGCUACAGAACAUGAUGCUGAAGCACCACAGACCUGCGGGCAUCAAGCCAGCUCCACCCUCAGCUCCAGGUCAGUCUCCUGCACCAGGUCACGCCUCCACCCCUCUCCCGCUCCGACAGCAGCCCAGACAGAGGAGCGCAGGAGAUGUGACCCCGCUGAGGAAACCCCUUCCCCCUGAAGGACCCCUGCCCUUAAAACCCAAACGGCCUCCACACGUCAACCUGGAGCCCUUCAUGAGGUUGACUCGGGGAGCUCCGGCACUCCCUAGUCCAAGGAAGAGUGAUGCAGGUUCCCCAAGCACAGGAGGCAGGAAAAUGUCUUCACCUGCAGUGAUCAGUCCUCCCCAACCUCCACAACGAUUCAACAAACCCCGGCUGCCACACCAGGUCGCCUCUGUUGACAUUGAGGAUGACCAGGACACCUAUGAUGACAUUGCAAGCUUUGAGAAGAACGAGUCCUGGAGUGACAACAGUUCUCAUUGUAUGGACGGGGACAUUGAUGACGUGUAUGAGUUUAUUGACGAGGACCAAAUAGAAGUGAACCUGGUUAAUGCUGAGAAGAAAAACAAAAAAGAAGCCAAGAAGCAACAGGAGCAGGAGAGGAAAGAGCAGCUAGAGCGUCAGAAAAGAGAGAAUGAGUUGAGGAAAAACUUUCAGGUGCAAGGGGAGUUGGAUGUUAUCCAUACAGCGAGAGUCCGGCACGACUGGUACGGAGGAGGAAGACUGGACCUCAGUGUGCAACAAGGCGAGAGCGUGGAGAUCAUGCGAGUGAACAAUAACCCAGGAGGCAAAUGGCUGGCUCGCUCCCUGAACGGAAACUACGGAUACAUCAGUAACACAUGUGUGGACAUUGACUAUGAGGCAGUGAAGCGCAAAGCGCUCCAGUCCAGAAAAGUAGACACAUCAACGUUACCUCCACCACCUCCAGACCCCCCUCACAUGUUAAACAUGGAGUCCAAUAAUAGAGACAGCAUGCUUCAGGAUGACGAUGACUACGAUGACGUUCAACCAUUAACUGAGGAUUUUCCCCCACCACCGCCUGAAAUCAGCAUAGAUCCCAAAGUGGAAAAGGAACUAAGAAAAAAAUUUAAGUAUGAUGGGCCUCUCAGUGUGCUGCACACCAUGAUGGUGGAUCCUAACAGCAUCAUAAAGAAGCCAGGGGGGAAGGAUUUGUCUGUGACUCAUGGAGAGGUCCUGGACGUCAUCCAGCUCACCAGCAGCAAGAAAGCUCUGUGCCGCAACCGGUUUGGAAAAUAUGGUUAUGUGUCCAGAUCUCUUCUUCUUCCAAUGGAAGGAGACAUCUACGACGAUGUUGACUAUGGAGGCGACGUCUAUGACAACGACUCUCUGCAGACUGAUUAUUAAAACAUGUCAAACUAAACACACACAAACUCACACAGUAAGAAAGAGAGAAACAAACUAUAUAAAAUAUUCAAACUAAAGCUAUAUAAAACUAUAUAACUGUAUAAAACUGAGAAGAGAAGACACAUUUUGCUUUAUGUGAUGGCAUCAGUUGUGUUCAGUUACACAGGAUUCACUGUCAGGCUGGCUGUAACAGUUGAGACAAAACGGAAUAUAUCUGUCUGGCUCACAAACAAACAAACUUAUUCCUAUGUAAAACUAAAACUAUAUUUUUAAAAAACUAUAUCAAACUGAGUGACAAAAACAGAACAUAGAGUGAAAACAGAGCUCAGUCUGGACACUCACACAUGUUUCUUGUGCUGAGAAUAACAGACAUGUCACCAUUGCAUUGUUUGUCAAACUGCUUGUAUAGAAAAUGAACACACUAUUACUGUAGCUUUGUGUAUUGCUCGACUUUUUAGAUAAUUUAAAACAAAUAAAAUAACUUUUUGACUGAUA